AUGUUUGUGGCCAGGAAAGUUGCAUCACCAUGUUUUAGCCGGAUUUUGAGCCGUGAUUAUCACAAACUUUGGAGGCCACUGAAGCAGUGUUGUCAAAUAACUAGAGCGCCGUCUUUUCGUGAUGGUUUGGAUAGAUUUAACGCAGGAACCGAGCGAUACACCCUAGGGUUUCGUCAUACAAUAUGCACUUCCUCAGCUGAUCAUCUUUCAUGGAAGGAGAGGUGGUGAAAAAUUUCUUUAUUUUCAGAAUUUUAACAGGGAACGUUUUAUUAAUACUCUCUAAUCAUUAGGCAAUUGUUGGCCGCAUUUUUCAAUUCUCCCCCUCAAAUCAUUUAUACCCACAAAUUCUCCCCCCCCCCCUCCCCGAACUACCCACCCAUGCAGUCAGUGGACAUUUUUUAUAAUAUAUUGUUGAAGAAACGUUUUUCAUGUGGACCUUUUAUAUUAUCAGGAUUGAUUCCCCAGAUAGUGAUCUAGUGUUAUUUCCAAGAGGGUACUCGAAGGCACAGAGUUCAAACAGCCACAGCUCCAGGUGAGUAUUAACAAUUAAUGAAUUCGGCUUUCGUAUCUUAUAAAGAAUUAUGGAGAUUGAGGAGGGUGUUACGGCCUCGACGGAUAACACCCUCCGAGAUCUCCAUAAUUCUUCAUAUGAUACGAAAGCUGAAUUCAAUCAUUGUUUUAUUAUUCAUUCAAGGAAUUAUUCCUGGUAUAAAAGCAUAGCUAAAACAAGCUUACCUGCAUCGAUGUUAAGUUUUUCUAUGAUAGUUUACGUUUAGGUUUGUCCAGCCCGGCAAAGAUUCUCCAAAUAGCAGAUGUCACCCUCCGAGUUGUCUUCUUGCUGUUUUUGCUAUGUUUUUGGCCAUUAUUUCUCCUAGUUCCAGCUGUAGUUCUUAGUCUUGAAACAAGUGAAGUGUCCGUCAUUUUAGUUUUUACAACGAAAACAAAGUCUCAAUCUCGUCCCCAGGUCUUCUCGGUUAACGGUGCAUUAACCUGUAGAAGGCUGCAUUUUUGACGUCAUUUCCUUGUUAAACACAAAAUUCUUCCAAAUUUGGUCAUCAGUAACUGGUUAUGGUGAAUUAUGCAUGUGCUUUUAGCCAAUCAGAAUUGGGGAAAUAUUUUGAAUGAAUAAUAAUUAAAGUUAUUGUUACUUUGAGCAGUCAAUGAAAAGGUCAAGGGCUAAUGUUCUCCCAGCAUUUAACUGAUCUUUUACAGUGGACAGUCAUCAGAAGGAGCUAGUGGAAGUGGAAAUGAUAAUGGAGAUGGUGGUGACAAGAAAGAUGAUGGAGCAGAGGUUGUGAUAGAGGACAAGGCGGGGGUUAAGGUAGAUCCAGCCCAAGGGGCGCUGGCACAGGUCAUGGUCCCAGAUGUGUUCCCUGAAGUGCCUGUGUUACCUGUUCACAGGAAUCCUGUCUUUCCAAGAUUUGUCAAGAUGAUGGAGGUUUGUAGAUGAUUUGGUAUGUUUAUUGAUCUAAUGAUUAAUUCCUAGACAAAUAGAUUUAGCUCAAAGGAGUCUGUUGUGAUCCUGGGUGCCCUGUGAAUGGGCUAGUAAUAAUGAGACCCUUACUCUGUUCUGACAAUUCAAGAGAUAUCGUGUGUUAGAGUGAACCAAACCGAGCAAACCAAUUGGUGCCAGAAGCAAAAUUGCCGAGGGACCAUAGAGGUGAGACUGGAUGUCAGCAUGCGAAGGUGAACAAUACAGCCGCUUCAGUUCUUGUUUGAUCUCACCUCACCAAUGCAGACCAAUGACAGCACAAGUAAGACACCCUGGAGCCUAUAUCCCCUACUUUUUUAAAGCAAUGUCACAGGGUCUUUUACAUUACCUUCCAGCUUAUGUGAAAGGAUGAAGGAGAUAAGGCCAACAGCUCAAUUAUGUCACCACCCGAUGAUGCUAUCAUCUGAACUGAAAAUGAGUUUAAAUUACAGCUAAUUUGAUCUCACCAGUUUUUUGAGACCUUGGUUGGUGUUUUUAACAGCCUGGCACUCAACAGACCUGCACUCUCCCAAUAUGUCUGAGGACUUUGUUAUCAAGGUUCCACUGUAUUAGCAAAAUCUAAUGUAAGGAAUUGGUCCUCACUAGAUAACAGACAAGGAUCUCAUGGAGCUGAUCCGAGUAAAGUCAAGGUUAGCUCAGCCAUAUGCUGGGGCUUUCCUGAAAAAAGAAGACAGGUUAGUGGACAAGAGUGAGACCAGCUCUAACAAGUCAGCAGUGCUGUAUUCAUAAAUUAUAAAAUUACGUAAAGGGCAUUUUUCAUUCAACAAAAAUUCCUUGUGAGAUUUCCAAAAUUCCAUGUGCCCAUGAAACGGCACAUUCCGGUUGCACAGACCUGACCUAAAGCACCAUGCAUUUGGUUAUUGUACUUUUAAACAAGAUACAGAAGAGCGAUACUGGGGACAACAAUUUGGUCAAAUGGAAAAGGACAUUAAUUUUACUGUAGGUCUGACCGACCAACCGGAUUUACUGGACCGGUCAAAGUGGGCCAUCUUCCAAGGAGGUCCCUAAUAUUCUGGUCAGACAGAACCAAAAGGGCCCGUUCCUUUUGAUUUGUAAACAAAAUGUCCACAGUGUUGGGCCGAAUUGAAAAUGCCCAAAAGCUCUGGUUUUUGGUAGCUUCUUGGCGGUCUCUCUACCAGACUGAAAGCUCAGUUGAAAAAUUCGUGGGGUAAAAAUAACCACUAGAUAACUGUGUUGAUUGCGUGUGUCUUAUGAUAAGUCACUUUGUUAUUGGUUGCAAUAUUUCAGCUGGAUGCUGUUCGUCUUCAUGAAGCAAUGUUAAUCUACUGAGUGAGACCAUUACAAACUGUAGUAACACAGUGGUUGCUUAUAGUUUGUUGUUAAUAGUCUCGGUCCAUAAAUUCACACCAUCACCUGAUGAAGUCCAUAGGAAGACAUAGACAUCGAUCACAAACAAAAAGAACAUGGCUAUUGUGACUUACAUCAUCCUUACCUGUGACAGUCGGUAGACUGUUGACUGACAGAUUUUCAGGCUUUUAUGAAGCAGAUAAACGCACACUCCACAUUUUCUAGAUUGCAUGUCAACCAAUUUCAUUUUUCUUUUGUAGUAAUGAAGCAGAAAUCAUCACCAGUCUGGAUGAUAUCUAUCAAGUGGGUUCUUUUGUUCAGAUCACCGAGCUGUAUGAUACUGGAGAUAAAAUCAGGAUGGUCAUUCUUGGUCACAGAAGGUUUACAUAACAUUGUUGGUUAUAGACAGUUUAGUAAUCAUUGUGUCAAUGUUCUCCAGAAACUCCGGCAGCCAGCAAAAAUCAUUUUGCAGUUGCCAUGAAAGCACCGGCUACUCAAACAAAUCAUUUUUUUGAGAGGGGAAAAUAAAUUGUAUGGUAAAAAAUAAAUCAAAUGUGUGAAAUAAAUGUGUCACUACCAUGGCUAAAAUUCUUUAACUGGUCGCUCAAAAUGCAAUGAAAUGGACUUUUCAGAGCUUAUUGUGUAACUUUUCACAGAGCAUGAGGUAUGGGGGCUAAACCCCCUGACAAACCUAACACCACCUUGAAGAUAAGCCGAGCGAAAGGCUUUUCGCUUCUUUUGAUUUUAUACUUUGUUGCUGCCUCCUUUAAUUUUCUCUGCCUCUGCUCUACAUUUUUGGAGAACCCUGAUUGUAUGUUUAUAUCUAGACUAUAUAUAUGAAUUAUUUUCAGGAUAAAAAUAACAGACACCAUUGAAUAUUCACCUCAUACUGAGGAGGAGAAGACAGAACCUGUUGCUGCAGUGGAUCUUCCUUUAGAUUCAUCUUCAGAAGACACCACAAAAGAGAAACCAAUACUUAUGGUUAGAGUGGAAAAUGUGCUGCAUGAACCAUUCAAGCUCACAGAUGAAGUCAAGGUAAUUUAUUGACAAAUGAGUUUUAAAAAAUGCUUUCCUUUUUUGAGCUUCUCAUAAUUUAUCAUUUGUUUAAGGCAUACCCAAGGUUGGCUACCCUGUGCACAGAGUCUCCUUUUGUCUUCUCGAGUGAGGAGGAAAAAGGGAGGCUCAAGGUGCUUGUUUUCAUAUGCGCAGCGAGUGGUAUUGAGCCGUCAGUUACACCGAGGUCUGGGUGGUCGCCUCUGACCUCCUAAAUCGCAUCAAACCUUUGAGGUCGUUCGCAGCUCAAACUUCUUGACUAGUCAAUCUUGUUUUCUCUUGUCAAAUUGUUUUUUUGAGUGCGAUCAUCCAUUAUUGAUAAACUAAUGGUCAUAAGUGAGUCUGCUGUAGCAAGUGCAUGGCUAUUAGGCCUGGGUUCAAAACUAUAUCCCAGCAACACGCUGCACAUGCUUAACAGAGAUCUCACUCAAUUCAUGCGGAGUCGUUCUUGAGAAUGCCGAAAUCAAGCAAGCAAAGGAAAAACCUAAUUCAUAUCCACUUUCAGCACACUAAUUUGGCUAGGCAAUUUGCAAAACUAGUGGAAACUCUCCUAAGCGGACAGCUCUACUUACAGUCACCUUUACAAAACCCUGUUUUACUCAACUCUCAUACAAAACUCUGUGGUCAACUCCAGUUAUGGACACCUUUUUUUGCGUCCCGAGGGUGUCUGCUUAUGAGCACUUUCACUGUAGUUUUGCCUCAUGACCGGCGCAAUUGGUUAACCUCGUACAGAUAUUACAGGCAUAACAUUUUUUGCAGUGUAUAGUCAGGCCUGACGGAAUUAUGCGCGGAUGCGGGGCCGCAUAAUUUGGCUUUUUGGGGGCAAUCCCGCAUAAUCUUGAAAAUCCCGCAUAAUACCGCAUAAUCUUGGAAAAUAUCGAAAAAAAUAUAAAUUAAGUGUCAUAUCUCCUUUUUAAGGACUUCCUACCUUGUUUUCAUUGUAAAACAAAUAAGAAAUGUGAGGUUUUUUUUCUAGAAUUCGCUUUCAGAAGUCCUCGGAUAGAACGAUAUUCACUUCAAAAAUUGAACAGGCCUUCUAUGUACGGCCGUUUGGGGCUUGUAACUAGUAAAGAUAUGACGAGCCAUUUUAUUGGUAGAAGAGAACCAAUCAUUUUUUUGCAUAGAAAUUCUUAUCGAUUGCGCGGGAAAAGCGAAUUCCUUUCUGCUUUCUGACCGCCAUGAAGAGCAUGGAAAACUGGUUUACUAAAUUGAAAGAGAGUGAGAAAAAAACAAAGAGCCACGAAGCAACAAAAAUAACAGCUAAAGAUCGAGUUAAGCAAUACUCAGCCGGAACCUUUCACGAGGAAAGGGGAUUACUGUUUUGCACCGUGUGCAAUGUUGUGCUUGAGCACUCUCGAAAAUCGGUUCUUGACAGGCACCUUGAAGCUGCUUCACACCAAAAACGUCUUAAUCUGCCCGGUACAAGUCGUGGAAAACAAAAGACUCUAAAAACUUCGUUCAAGUGCAGCAAUUCGGCACAAGAAGAGAGGAUCAAAGUCUGCCAUGAUUGGAUCAAGGUGUGCACGGCCACUAACAUCCCCUUGGCAAGUCUGACCACCCCGUGCUCCGAGAAUUUUUGAAAUCCCGAGUGGUUAAUGGCGGGCAAUCCCGAAGAGAACGCAGCUGCGUGAGUAUCUUUUUGAUGUGUAUGAGUGUGAAAAACAGGAACUUAAGGACAAAAUAAGUAAAAAAAAAUGUUGCAGUGAUGGUAGAUGAGCUCAGUGAUGAUGAUGGGCGGUAUGUGUUGGAUAUAAUGGUAACUUUGCUUGAUUUCGAUGAGCUAUCGCCAAGUGGCAAAAAUGUUGCGUACUUGAUAGACACGCAUUUUCUACGAGAAACGAACAACAAAACUGUUUCCCAAGCAGUUGUUAAGACACUGGUCGAAUAUGGCAUCGACUUUGACUGUGUCUUGAUCUUUAACUCCGACAACGCAAGCUACAUGAAAAAGGCGUUCAAUGAGACAUUGUCUGCUUUAUUUCCGUGUUGUUUUUAUAUAACCUGCCACAGCCACAUUAUCAACCUGGCAGCGGCUGAUUUCAAGAAACACUUUAAAACUGCAUCGGAAUUCAUCAAGUGUUUCAGGAACCUGUUCUAUAUUCAGUGGACGUAAAAAGUCGUUUCUUGAACUUUCUGAAACGCGCUGCAAGUCUUGAAGGAAAACCAGUCAUGCCGCCCAACCCAACAACGAAGAGCUGGUCUGCAUGGUUUGAAUCGGCCGAUUAUCACGCCAAGUAUUACUCCAUCUGUGGGGAGUUUGUUCGAUCAGAAAUCGAGCGCUGUGGACGAGAUGCAGCAAGUAACUUCGCUGUUGCGGCUUGAAGAAAUGUAUGACGACAGCUCAUUCAUGAAGAGUCUACAUGCGCAGCUUAUGAUAAUAUCAAGAAUGGGGCCACAGUUGAUGAUUCUGCUAGAUUAUUUCCAACAGCGAAUCCCACACGUGACACAAGUUUAAAAAACAAGAUGGAAAGCCUCCUCUGUUAUCUUCACAGUAGCUCAUUGAUGAACGAAGAAGACAUUGGGUUUUGUUUUGAAGGAGAUUGGAGGUAAACUAUAUGUCUAAAAUCUUUACCAAGCUGUAGAACUAACUGCAGCCAAUCAGAAUAUUGGCGAAAACAGUGAGUUCUGCGUCUGCUCGCACGGGGAAGCUAUUUUAUACAAUGUACAACAAUGAGCCAUUUUGACAAAGCGUAACCUUUUGCGCAAUAGUUUCCUAUGCAAAUAGUGAUAAGCGUGCUAGAUACUUUUGCUAGCAAAAUAGCGUUUUUUUUUUUCUGUCGCGAGGUAAAUAUUAUUGGGAUAACAUUUGUUGCUCUUGCUCAUGUAGCUGGGCCUAGAAGUAUUUAGCAGUCCAAUGCUGGUUUACGGUCUCAUUCCCUUUACACCUUGGAGCGCCUGUAGUGUAUGGUUACCCCCAAAGUGGGGAUAAAUUUAGAGAGCAAAUAUUGUUAAUAAACCCAACAAUAAAAAAGCGAAAUGUUCCUUAAACAAUGCGCAUUAUAUUUUAGGCUCAUUUUGGACUAAAAAGGCGCGAAUUUUUAAUGGGCAAGGGCGGGUAUAUUAUUUUUUUUUACUCUUGUCUUUCCACUAGGUUUGAAAGCGAAGACAAAGCGGACGUUUUGGAAAUUGUUCAGUCAGCAUUCUCAGAUGCGCACAAGAAGCUGAACAAAUAUGUGGUUGAGGGUGGACAGCCAGGCAGCGCCUUUCUAGAAGAUAUCAGGGUACUUGAUCCUAGAAAUCUCAUCAGGUGUGACAUGGGUCGCCUGUCAGAAAGCAGCAUCCCCGGGAUAGCAGACGUUCCAAAGAGCGAGAUUGAUCUGUACGUGAAUGUCCUUGGCCCAGCAGCCGUCAAAGGAAGCUUUAGUGGAGAUCUCGACCUUGCUUUUUUUGAAAACCAAUGCCGGCGCACUUCCAAAGCCACGAAAUUGCAUCGCGGUACUGCACUGCAACCCUUGGUUCGUAUGAUGUAGAGCGAUCCUUUUCCAUGUACAACAGCGUUCUCGAUGACAAGCGGAUGUCGAUGACCCCUGAAACCAUCAGGGCAUAUCACUUCCUGAACUGGAACUUACAGGCAAAGUCGGCAGCUAUCAAUGAAACAGCCCCAUCAGCGCCUGCUUCAAAGUGGACAGAUCCCAUGGAACUCCAUUCAAAAUCCACAGACCAAGGUAGAACAAUGUUUUCGUGUAAGUUCUAGUCUCAGGCAAAAGCGACAAGCUACUUAGAAAUUAACUUAUGCACUAAUCAGCGGCCAUUUCGCAUUUCUCUUGUAAUCGUUUUCUUUGGUUGUAUUUUAUUAACUCUUAUAGGUAUAAUUAUAGCAAAUAUAAUUUUUUUGUCUUUGAGAUCAUAUGCACCUUUUAACUUGGCAGAGCACACUUCUUUACCCCCAGGGAGGGACAUUAGUAGCGUUUUGUUAAAAAAUCUUGCCUUUGGGUAGGGGGAUUUGUAAACGUUGUUGUGCAAAUGCCGGGGUUCCCCGGGUCAUCCCCGGGAUGGCCGCUGAUAAGUGCAUUAUUCAUUUAAGACUGAUGAACAAAAUAUUAUAUCACAAUAAAUAAUUCAUCAUGGCAUUGAACAUUAAAAUGAUAAAAAAAAAAUAUGUGUAUAUGUUUUAUUGCUGCUCUUUAGGCAAUUUUGUUCUUUUCCUCAUCUUAUAGUUCCCAUGUCCACUGGUUCUGCUCCGAUGCACACGGGCUCUGUUCCGAUGUCGCGUCCGUGAGCUCUCUUCCGAUGUCCGCGGGCUCUGUUCAGGCGUCUCACGGCUUCUUCUCCGAUGUCUUCACCUCCUGUUCAGGCGUCCACGGGCUCUGUUCCGAUGUGUUCAAGCAGUGCGGGCACCAUGCCUGCGGGUCUGCUCUCAAAUCGCCCCCCCAUUUCCAGCUUUUUCCAUCCUACUUUGAAGCCAAUGCCUCUUGUUCCAACAACUAAAGUACCAGGUACAAAAGCUACCAAGCCAAGCGCUUCGUCCAAGCGGAAACUGAAAGCCGACAAAAAAGACCAGGGGAAACGUUUCCGCUCAAGCCUAUCCAAAGAUGGCACUCACGUUACGAAAUCAGCCAAAGCCCCAUCAAGCCAACAACGUAGCUCUUCAAUCCCAAUACAGAAUGUUAAAACACCGCCAACUCAGCCCCAAGUAAAGAAUGGUCUUGGCAAGAACACGCUAGAAAAGUUAGAGAAAACAGAAGUCUGUGUAUUUCCUGUUCACAAUAACGCAGUUCUCGAGGCCAUAGUUGAUGGUUCAGUUACAUUCAAAGGCAGUCAAUUUGUGUCAACUGCAGAUCUAGUUGGUCUUAAAGGUGGCCAUCCAAAGGAUGAAGCCAAUUACUUAAGUAAUUUCGUUAUCGACUCCUAUCUUAAGCUGGUUGCUGAAACAACUACACUUGAAGUUGAAACUCUUGAAUGGGAAACUUUUGAAAAAGGAGUUGCCAGCCGACCUGCCGCAGAUGUGGUGAAAGGCAAAGACCUAAUGAAGCAAGACUAUGUCCUUGUUCCCUGCAAUCCCGGGACUAGCAGGCACUGGUUUCUUCUUGUAGUAAUACCAAAGCAGAAGGAAAUAAUUGUUUUGGACAGUUUGUUACAAGGUUCUGGUGUGAAGCCAACCCAUGAAAGAGCAGUGUGUAAAAUGUGGAGCUUGCUGGAAGAACUGUCACCUUCACUGGGUAAAGAAAUUAAGCAAUGGAGCUUCUUCAGCGGUCAACAACACGAGGUACCCCAACAGCAGAACUCCUUCGAUUGCGGUGUGUACGUAUGCAUGUACGCCAGAUGCCUUGUAGGUCUGUCAGAAAGUGUAAUCAGCAGUGACAGUAUCCCCGCCUUUCGAAGUCAAAUGGUGCUAGAGCUUGACAUGAAGAAAUGUGUGGACAGGAUGCAGACACCCCAAGAAGGGGAGUAUUAUGCUGUAGAGUACCACAAGUUGUACUACAUUGGUCGAGUUCUCGAGGUCAACAGUAACACCAAGAUGAAGUUCCUGUACUCUGUCGGAGCGAGAUUAUUUAACUGGCCAAAGCGAGAUGAUAUCGACUACUGCUCUCCCUCCAGGCUUCUCCUUGGUCCUCUCGAGAUCCAAGGAUCUGGUCCGUUUCAGUUUCCUCAGUUGCAUGAUGUAGAAGCUAUUUAUCAGUGUUUUAAGAAAAAUAGAAAGAAGAAUUAACGAUACAUAAGCCCAAGGAACAUUUCCGUGUAUACAUGAAGCAUAUCAUUUCCAUUGUGAAAAUUAUCACUUGAACUGCUUAGCAUAGACGCAUAUCAUUUUAGAUCACGUCAGAUUUAAAGCCUGUUUUUGUCGCGUUUUUGGCUGCGCCCUAUGCUAGAAUAGAGCAAUUUUGAUUAAAUCAUGUCACUGUUUAGGGAAUUACAAGUUAAGUGGCGAUGCUUCUUUUGAUUCAAAUUGAAGUUACAAAAGUUUGCUCUUAGUUAACGUAAUGAGUGAACAAGUGGCAGAAACAUUUGUUGAAGUUCUGGCAUCACUUCUGUCACUUCAAUAAAACUCAUUUGGAUCGAUUCCAGGUCGCAUCCUUUUUGAAGACGUUAGGUAAUGACAUUGAAAUUACGUGGCCUUGACGUAUGCUACGAUGUAAAAAUGUCACUUUUCGUGUCAUGAACUCUGAAAAAUAAAUAAUAAUUAUUGUGGCGUUAGUAUACUACUUUUGCUUGGUUACCGCUUAAGCUCCUUACAACACUUGUCCACAUCUAAAAAAUCCCCCCCCCCCUCCCCCCCCUGUGUGGGGACCUUUUUGGAAGUGCUUCGGUUAAAAUUAACAAAUAAAGAAGCCUCACCCGUGCUCUGUUCUGUUAUAAAACACGCGGAGACACGAGGACGCAGGCGAGUGUUUCUCCCUACUUCUUGAGUGCUAUCGCCGCUUCCUCGUGCUUUAUAACAGAACAGAGCACGGUGAGGCUUUAUUUGUUUUAUGAUAAAGAAACUAUCAUUUCUUCAUAAUUUGGCCUUUAUUUUCAAAGCAAACAUGCGCGCAAUCUUAUUUACGAAAUGCGUGCUCUGGACUCUGAUAAAGCACGCUGUUUAAACCAAUGAGAACGCUUGUUACAUUGGAACUUUAUUAUAAAAGAUAUUGCGCAAUCCGCAUAAUUCCCGCAUAAUUUGCGAUUUUUACCGCAUAAUUUGGGAAAAAAUUCUGCAUAAUUUCUGAAAAAUCUGCGCAUAAUUCCGUCAGGCCUGUAUAGUAAGCAACUCCAUACAAAAUAUUGUAAUUUAUUAUUUCUGGAAUAUGUGUGUAAAGAAAAAUAAUAUCUUACAUUAAAUCCUCAGGCAUUAACAGCUGAAGUGAUCAAAACUAUUAGAGAUAUAAUUUCACUGAACCCUUUGUACAAAGAGUUUCUGGCUCAGCUCAUUGAAGGUGGGAAGAGAGUAGCAGACAACCCAGUUCAUUUAGCAGAUUUUGGUGAGUAAUAAGUUAGAUUUUCGGAAGUGAUUCUGUAAACUCCUGCUUGUAAGCCACCCUUGCUCAAGGGUUUGGAUAUUCGCUGAGAAAGAAAGAUUAAUGAUGUACGGUCCAGUCAUCCUUUCCAGGUAGGGCUCUAGUUCAAUUUUUAAAAAGCCAGCUAGGAUGUACACAGAACUAAUGCAAAGACUUUCCAGCUUUACUUGGUUGAAUUCUUCAUAGCUUGUGAUAAUUCAUUGUAUCAAUCAUUAUUUUUAUAGCGUUUUGUUAAAUAUUUUGCUUACAUGUUUAACUGGUACGGUGCAAUUUACUAACAUUUACAAUGUAUCUGACACAUUUUUUGAGUGUUUUUCUUGAUUUUGUUUUGACAUACAUGUAAACUAAAGGUGCUGCAUUGACCAGUGGUGAAACACAACAGCUUCAGGAAGUUUUUGAAGAAACCAAGAUUCCUGUGAGAUUACGCCUUACUCUUGAACUGCUGAAGAAAGAACUGGCCGUCUGUUUGUUGCAACAACAACUAGGCAAGGAGGUGAGGAUCAACUAAAAACAAAAGUGACCAGAUUCUUGUGCGACGAGUCAUUAACUGAUGUGGUGAUUUGCAGCCAAGGAAGAGGAACUUUUACAUUUUUUUUUAAUACUUAACAUGCAUGUAUGUACCAUGUACAAAACCUUCCUUGAAUUAUUACUUACUUCUUGGAAAAGGCUAAAGCCCUGUCCUGGUCUACCUUAAUUUCAUAGUUAAGAGAGAAUUUUUUUUUAAUAUUAAUUUUAUUGUAUUAUCUGUCCUUUGUAGGUAGAAGAAAAAGUCAACAAACAACAAAAGAAAUUCCUGCUUCAAGAACAGCUUAAGAUAAUCAAACGAGAACUUGGCUUAGAGAAGGAAGACAAGGAUGCUGUUGGAGAGAAAUUUCGUGAGAGAAUAAAAGAUUUGAAUGUACCUAGACAUGCUGAAGAAGUUAUUGAAGAAGAACUGACUAAAUUAGCCUAUCUUGAUGCACAUUCAUCAGAAUUUAAGUGAGUUCAAAUUACUUAGGACCUUUGCAUUACUUUUAUAUAUGUUGUUUAUGUCAAAAUCUCAUAAAUCUCGACGUAAGCCUGCAAAAAACUUUGAAUCUGACCAAUAAGCAUAUAAACCUUGAUUGGAAAUUAUUUUGUCUCUGAAACCAAAUAGAUUCACAGUAAUAUAGUAAAGUAAACUUUUACAACAGACUUUAGCUAAUUCUUGGUUGAAAUGUACAUGUGAACCUUCAAAAUCAAAAUACUUUGAAACAGAUUUCCAUCAGUAAAACCAUGCAGAUCUGAAACAGUGCCGCUACCUUAUGUGGAAAUAUGGUUUUCAAAACACAACUUCACAUUCAUGGAAAACAUUGUUAUCAGUGAAUGUGAAGUCUGACUGUCUGUCAUGUUUUUGGCAACAGUAUAGCUCAGUUUCAUUAUAAAGGGGCCCUCUUUUUAGGGGGGUUAUGCAUGUCCCUAGUCUGAAUUUCAAAACCUGUCGUUUUGCGUGUGGAGGAGGGAGACAUGUCGCUUUCAAUAUUUUACUAUUGUGUUUGCGCUUUUCUCUGUCGCAGUUUUAACCCAUCUUUGCCAUUUAUGUUGUUGCUGUUUCAAGGCCCAGAUGUUGCUUGCCAUAAUUUUACCCUAACAGAGCCUCUAUAAAGUGCUUAAGCGCUGUGUUUGCAUAAUCUAUUUCCAAGUGUUUUGAUUCUGAAGGCAGUGUAGCAGUGAAAUUAAUGGUAAGCUACUCUGGCACUCUCUCCUUUUAGUGUUACCAGAAAUUACCUAGACUGGUUAACCAGCAUUCCCUGGGGUAUUCACAGUAAAGAGAAUUUUGAUAUCAGUCAAGCUAGACAAGUGCUUGAUGAAGAUCAUUACGGUUUACAAGAUAUUAAAGACAGGAUACUGGUAAGAUCAGGCAAAUUAAUGUUACAUGCAUAUAUGUUCAAGUUGAAAUUGCAAGUGAAACACUUUAACACUUCUCCAUUUUUUAUGUACAUGUAUUGGCAGUUAGGGUUACAGUGUUAUGGUCCUUCUUAAAAAAAUUUUUUGUAUAAAAAAAUAAUGUCAAUUAAAAAUAGUUAACAAGUAAACUAAUUUCAGUUCUGCAGAGAUACAAAAUAACAGUCUGUCAGCAGAAAAUGUCUGACUAAACAUUGUCCCACAUCUGAGAACAAUCGUACCUAUGGUCGAAAAAAAUGAUCGGACGGAUCAAAUAAAUGAUAUAAAGGAUAUCAUUUUUAAUAGAUGAUUUGCUUUGCAUUUAAAGAAAAUUAAUUGAAAGUUGAAAGUCAGCAUAAUUUGUGCCAUAAUUAUGUGAAAUGGUGACCUAGUGGGACGUAUGCCCUGUCUGAAAAAAAAACUAUUUUCAGGCCUGGCCCUGUCAUUAAGUAAACUGAUGUUUUCAACUGUUUGAAUAGCUGUUUGUUUCAAUAACAUUUCAAAUACUUAUUGGCCCAAAGGCAUGGGCAAAUAAAAUGAAACAAAUGUAUUAUUCAUCCCUCAAUCUGAAUGUGAUUUCUUUUGUUUUAUACCAUACCCCAAGCUUCAGAGCCUAGAGAGAAUUUUAUAAUAAUUAUUGAAAUUGGUCCAUUCAUGUUUUAGGAGUUUAUUGCAGUGAGCCAGCUAAAUGCAACUGUUCAGGGUAAAAUCCUCUGCUUUACAGGCCCUCCAGGUUAGUAAUCUAUAUCCAUCUGUCAAUAGUGACCCAACAAGGGAUGCUAACAGUGGUGUACCCCUGGGGGGGGGGAGGGGUCAAGGGCUUCUGGAACCUUCCCCCACCCCCAUCCUGUCUUUUCACUUGGUUUAAAUCAGCCAUAGUUGAGCUUUUGAUAUGUCAGUGGUUUCAGCAGUGGUUUGUUUGCCAACAAUGGGUACAUGAGCCUACAUUUGGAAUGAGUAUUCAGUCCUAAGGUGGUGUCUAAGUAAUGAGUUUGUCAUGUUUUGUUUAACAUCACAAGCGAUAUUUGCACUAUGGCAUCAUUUUACUGGUUUGAGUGCCGAUUUACACAUUUGGAACCUACCUCCCUUGCAAAAAAGCUUGGUAUAUACAUGUGGUUAGCUUUUUUGUUGGUACAAUGUGGCAGUAGAAGACUAUACAUGUGUCAGACCACUCUAAGCUAUUUCUCUCUAUGGCUUUUAGGAGUAGGAAAAACAAGUAUUGCCAGGUCUAUAGCAAGAGCCCUAAACAGACAGGUAUAUAUAAAGAAUUUAUUUUACUUCUGCCCUGUAAACGUAUUAGGUAAACGUAUUUUUACACAACCCCACAAGCUUUGAGCUUUAAACCAUAUUUUGUUUAAAUAAAGGAUAUGUAUGUAUGUAUGUAGGUAGAUAAUAUUGUGCUGUUUAUAGUUAUGUGUUUCAGUCUUAGUGCAUCCAGUUGAUAUUGUAUGGCAACAAUGAAUUAUCCUAGAAUAGCUUUAAUGUUGAAAAUAUGCUUAUCAAUAAUACAUAGUUAUGUGGGUACAAUGAUAUGAUUGGGCCAUUUAUACGAGGAAAAAUAAGACCCGUCUUACAUAAGACGCAAACUUUCCAUGUAAACGGCACAUUACGUCUAAAAUAAGACGUGACUUAGCUAAGACGUGUCUUAUUUUAGAACAGCCUUAACACCUGUUCUUAGAUAAGACAUGUCUUAGCUAAAUUUCCGAAAAAAUGUGCUGUUUAUACGGGAUAGUUUGCGUCUUCAUCUUAUGUAAGAUGCGUCUUUGUUAUUUUCUCUCGUGUAAAUGGCCUUAAUGUCUGUCUUCCAUUUUAAAAAGUAUUUUAGGUUCAGUGUUGGUGGUAUGACAGAUGUAGCUGAGAUCAAGGGACACAGGUUUGUUUGGAAUACAUUCUUUACUUUUUGAUCCAUUCAGUUUUUUCUAGUUGUAGGUAUGUCAAAGUACUAAAUGAGCCUUGGACUCAAGAUAUUGUCUAUGGCUAUUGAAAAUUUGUGUUGAAACAAACAAACAUUUUACUUACUUUUCGUCUUUUUGUACUCACUUAUUUCUUUAGGAGGACCUACAUUGGAGCAAUGCCUGGUAAAAUAAUCCAAUGUCUAAAAAAGACCAGAACGGAAAAUCCUCUGAUACUUAUUGAUGAGGUAAGGCCUCAAAGCAUUCAAAAAUGAGAUGUUAUAUCACCGCUUGAGAUGUGUUUUUGUCUUUCCUGAGAGAUAGUGAGAUGUUCCAGGUGAAUUCGUAUUAAAGGGGCUAAUGUCAUGAGGAUGUGGCUCACAGUGCAUUUUUAGGUCAAUUCUGUGUUGAAGCCAUUGCUCAGUACCUUUCACAAAAUGCUUGACCUGUAGAGUUACGAAGAAGAUUUCAAACAAACUUCAUCAGAGAGUACUCACCAUGAUAAUUUUCUACUGAUUUUUGCAGGCAGAGAAUUAAAACUUGAAAAAGUUGGCCCAACUUUUCAGGUUUCAGUCCAUGUGACGUGUAGCCCCUAGUUGUUUAUUAUAUAGACACGAGUGUUUUACUGGAAAAUAUACCACUCGUAAAAUUCAGAAAAACUACAUCCGGGACCUGAGUGGUUUAUUUUCCAUAAUCUCACUCGUGAGUUUAUCGAUGAUGUAAUUUCGGUCAUUUCCCUCUAUUAUUUUAUUGAUGCCUUUUUGUCUAUAUAAUAAAAAGAACAUUACAUGGCGGCUUGAAGAUAUGAAUUUUAUUUUUUCAUGGCAAAAAAAUAUUUUUCUCACUCACUGCGCUCGUUCGCAAAAUAUUGUUUUGCCACUUGAUAUAAAAUUCAUAUCUUUGCGUGAUCGUGUAAUGUCCUCUAUUUAUUGUAUCUUUUAGGUUGAUAAAAUAGGGCGUGGUGUUCAAGGAGAUCCUGCUUCAGCUCUGCUGGAACUUCUUGAUCCUGAGCAGAAUUCAGGCUUCUUGGAUCAUUAUUUAGAUGUACCUGUGGAUCUCUCUAAGGUAAUGAACAAGGAAUGAAAGGAUAAUAUUUUCUUUAUCAUUUUGUAUGCCUCAGAGAAAAAUGUCUCCAUUCUCGAUUUCGUCCUCAUAACAAAAUUAUGAAGUGGCCGCAAUUAAUAAAUGGUGGAUCAAUCGGCCAUUUGCACGAUGACGUCUUUUUACUGCUAUGACCUUGAAUUCAUUUUGUUUUUUUCUUUUCAUAUUUACAUUUGGUAGUCCCAGUGAGGUUUAAUUAACAAAAGCCCGACUUUACACAAGAAAGCAAUACCCCGAAGGAUUUUGUUGGUAUAGUAGUAAAAUGGCCUAUUUUCAAGAUAUUUUGAAUUGGGGAAAGUACUACUCCGUUACCCUCCUCUCGGUGUUAAACCUUAUUUUCUUAAGUAACGUGAACGCUGCCAAUGUAUUUUCCUCACAGGUGUUGUUUAUAUGCACAGCCAAUGUUACAGACACCAUUCCUGGCGCCUUGAAGGACAGAAUGGAAAUAAUAAAUGUAUCAGGGUACGUGGAAGACGAGAAGAAGGCCAUUGCCAAGGUCAGUCAGUGUUCUUUAGCUUUUGGUAGCCUCCUAUGCAUAAAUCAGAGGUACAGUGUAAUGACCGAACAAAAUUUGCCUAGAGUUCAGAAUAUUGUGUGAGAUCCAAUACUUUACACCAGUUGGUUUAAGGAGAUCAUUACAAAAUGGCAUCUCUUUUUGGGAACAAAACGUUAGUACAGAGGUAUGUUAUCCACCAAAAUUUCGGGACUCCUUCCAAAGGCCUUUCAAACCGGAUAUAAACUGCUUGUCUAAAUAUCCUAUAUGGUUUCUGCCAUCUUGGAAUACAGUUUGAAUAGCAGCCUAGGGAGGUAUCUCGACAUCCAAGAGCUCGACCGAAAGUUUGGCAGGAGAUUGAAUACUUGAGACUUCCUGAAAACAAGGAUGUUGUUCUAGGUUUCUCUUUUUUCCGCAACUCUCUUUAUUGACUUGAUAAUUAUCUCAUGCCCUUUUCCAUCUCUGAUAUUGUUUAAGUUAUAUCCCAUAACUUUUUUCAUCAAGUACAUGUAGGGAACGUGACUGCGAGCUGUAAAUAAGGGACUAUCAUAAACUUCCGCUUUUAAAUCCCCCUGGUAAUAGGCCCAUCAACUUGCAAACAAAAAAAUACAUUCGAUUAUUAGUCCCCCGCCUGCCCCGGACAUAGGCCUCCUCUGGUUUUUCUUAUUUUGAGAGACAUGAAAUCGAUUCAUUAUUAUAAUUUGAACCUAAAUUAAAAACUAGUAAAUACAAAACAUAUUUUUAUCAGCACUGUUAUAACUUGUUUCGAGGGGCUUUUCGUUUUUCGGUUAAAAGCCCCCUCGGAUAUAAGCCCCUCACCUAAAUAAAACCUCUUACGAAGACGUAUGAGGUUAGGGCUUAUAAACGACAGUUAGUGGUAUCCCAGGGAAUGGGUUCCUUGUCAUCCACAUACAGUUGGGCUUAAAGGUACUACUCGGUCCUCCUUUACAUGGGUUGGCAUCCAGAAGAGAAAGUCUGAGUCAAGCUUGUUUUUUAUCUGUUUUAGUGCCCCCAUAAACAUACGCGAAAUGACUAUGCUCUCUCACUUUUGUUAGACUUAUCUUAUUCCACAAGCAAGAAAGAGUGCGGGGAUAACAGAGGAGCAAGUGAUCAUACAAGAUCCUUCACUCGCACUACUCAUCAAAUCAUAUUGCCGGGAAAAUGGAGUCCGAAAUCUACAAAAACAUAUAGAAAAGGUAAUAUACAAAAACCUAGACUACGAAAAGAAUGCGGAAACGUGAAGGGGAUGGCAAGUACUCCAUUUCCUUUUCUUUUUCGCACUUUUCUGCCCCUCCUCCCCCCCCCCCCCCCCCCCCCCGCUGAGUGGGACAGUUUAUGCUAUCAUAUAUGAAGACAAAGUAGAUAAUACUAAUCCGUGAACUUAACAGUUAACUCCCCAAGAAGGGGUGGACUCGUGAAGGAACUUUCGUUUUGUUUUUUUGCUAACAAGUUUUCAAAUUUUUGACCCAAGAAGGGGUGGACUGUAGUGGGACAGUUUAUGCUGUCAUAUAUGAAGUAGAUAAUACUAAAAACCGCUCCGAGGAAUAACACAUGCGUAGCUUCUGUACCAGAAUAGAUUUACUGUCUUGUAGUGAUUAAAGUGUUGUGUUCUCAGUUCUACUCGUAUCAAAUCCUUCUACACUGUGGCGUUUUUGUGCCAGCCGUGCAGGCUAGAAAUCAGACAAGUGUGAACUCUCUUCCAAACUUCAUUUCAUGUUUGCGUUCAUAGAUAUUCCGUAAAGCUGCCCUUAAAAUAGUGCAGGGUGUAGAAGGAGCGGUAGAAGUUACAACAGAUAACCUUCAGGAAUAUGUUGGCAAACCAUUAUUUAACACGGACAAGAUAUAUGAUCAAACCCCGCCCGGGGUCGUGAUGGGACUUGCCUGGACUUCACUAGGUAGGUGACCACUCCACUCUGCCUCUUUUAACCACGCUACAUGUAGCUUUUGCUUAUCUUUAAGUUGCACAAAUGGUUUAAUUAUAACUACUAGCAGCACAAUUGCAUGUUUUGUUGAUAUCAGUGAAUCAAAAAUAAUUGAAACGAAUGAGACAACUUUUGAAUGCGUCCUCGACAGACGGACUGACUGAUAAUAAUAUAUAGCAUGUAUGAUCAUCAUCACUUUUACUGGUGAACCUUUUAGAAGUGGGCUAUAAUCUCAAGAUUGAUAGUGUUUACUGACAAGUUCGAUAAAGGCUAUUAUCGAUGUGAAAAUGCUAGUGAGAUCGUUCUACCUUGACUUACUGACUUACUGACAGACCGAGUGUCUAACUGACUGAGUGAGUGGCUGACUGACAAGUCGGCUGACUGGUAUCUGUUUGUCUGACCCUGGGGGUUGUGGGGGGGGGGGGUACUCCCUAUAAUGGCCUAAACGGGGAGGCUCCGCCCGAGCGGGGAACCUUUUUUAGGCUUUAGGCAUAUGAAAUGAUAGGGAUUUUAAUGAUCUAAGUACAUUAAAGGGUAGGGAAAUCUGCCAUUUUCUCCGAAUGUAAAAAGGCUCAAAGGGGCUGCAUUUUAUGGUUGUAAAAAGUCAAGAAAACAAUCUAGUUUUGUGAUUUAUUCAUAAUUUAAAGGCUGCAUUUUUAGCGGUUAAAAGGGUUGCAAAGGUCUGAGCUAGGUCUGUGAAAGGGGUACCAUUUGUUAAUAGAAGGUAUACUAAAGGGGCACCUUUUCUGUCUACAAUGAUAUGUAAAAGGGUAAGGGGUUGGACCUCGGGGCAAAGCCUGCCAGUAGAAAACUUUUUCGAGUACUGCCUCUUGGGUUUCUGCCUGACUGACCGAGUGGCUGCCCUGGCCCCAGUCGUCCGAAACAUGGAUAACGCUAUCCACAGGAUAAAUCACUAUCCAGUGGAUAGUGCAAUUGGUUUCCGUAAUGUUUAUCCGCUGGAUAGUGAUUUAUUCGGUGGAUAGCGCUAUCCAACGUUUGAACAACCGCGACUUGACCCAGUGCCUGGCUGGCUGGUUGACUGAAUGACGAACCGAUAUAGACUACAAAACAGUCCGUAUUUUUGCGUAUUCAAGUACGCGCGAGCAGUCGAACAAAAGGUCCGGAACGAGGCUGAAAACAGAGAGUGAGACUGGGGCGUGUGAGGCUCGCGCGCGAAGACUCUUACGCCACGCUUUACCGAUUUCUUUACUGAUUUUGAGAAAAAAACCGACUGUUUUGCAGUCUAGAACUGAUAUGGCUGGCCUACUAAGUUACUGUCUUCAGCUAGCUCACUCACGGACUGAUGAUCAUUGGAGUGACCUUCUCAUCACACAUUCUCUAUAGCCAAAUCCUCAAGUCACUUUUUCCUUUUGUAAAUAAUCAACUUGUUUUUCCUGUAUCUACAGGUGGCUCCACCCUUUAUAUCGAAACAACACUUAAAGAAGCUUUGUCAAGUGAUGAGAAAGAUGCUAGGCCGUCUCUGGAUGUAACAGGCCAGCUAGGGGAUGUGAUGAAGGAGAGCUCAAGUAUAGCUUAUACAUUCGCUAAGGUUCGAAUUUCUAUAUACAGGUAUUAGAAACGCGUAGCCUGCGAAAACAUCCGUUUCUCCUCACUCUUCGUCGCUGAGGACGUUUCGCGCGAAACGUCCUCAGCGACGAAGAGCGAGGAGAAACGGAUGUUUUCGCAGGCUAAGAAACGCGCAGUGUACCGACAAUUUUCAUUGAGGUAUACUGUCUGCUCGUUCAAAAUAGGCCCGGAACCAAACUUGAGAAUGUUGCUAAUUUCAAUGUGCUCACUCUGACUACCGUAAAUGGGUCUCGUAAUAAACGGACUCGUACCCAGCCCCUCUCGGUUUGAAACUAGACAAUGAGUUUUCAUCAACAUUGUGUCUCGCAACUAAGAUAAUCUCGGCAAUCUUUUUUGUCCAAAGAAGCAGUCGAAUUUCUUUUCGUCAAUAAUUUAACUCAAUUGUGAAAACCGGAGAAUAUGGUAAAAAAAGUAUCGAUAUUGUGUCUGUAGGUGGAAUCGUAAAGGGUGGCCACUCAAUUGAGAAUUUGACGGUUUAAUUUUCUUCAGGGCUUUUUGAGCAGAGAAGACCCUAACAACGACUUCUUUAAGCGUGCAUCUAUUCAUCUUCAUGUUCCAGAGGUGAGGAAAACAAUGCUGUACCAACUCUUCUUGUACUUUAAUGUUGUUUUACAAAUUCCACGCGUUUUUUGCUUGACUUUUUACUGUAACCUGUUUACCGCAGCCAGUUGCAAGAUGCCCAGAAAGCAAAAGGACCAACUAAUACUCACACGUCUGAUUGGUUGGGAAAGCGGCGCAAGUUUUUAAUAGCCAAUCACAAAGCGCGGCAACGCAAAUCACGCAGUAUGCCAUUUGCGAAUUGCCCUAAGCCUUUGUUGCAAAACGAAGCUAAGUGCGCAGUUUUCUACAAAAAUGAUUCUUUAAGAAAAUUGAAUUCUUUGGAUACUGAUAUGAAAGGUUUUCCAUCAGGCCUUGCUUUGAACGUGGGGAGUGUUUAGAACUCAGGAAUUUAUUAUUUCAUUCGACUCUCUUUAUUUAUUGUUUGCUGGUAGGGAGCUACCCCAAAAGACGGGCCUUCAGCUGGCUGCACCAUCAUCACAGCGCUCCUGUCGCUGGCGACAAACAAACCUGUCAGACAGAAUGUAGCCAUGACAGGAGAAGUCUCGCUCACUGGAAAGGUACUUUGUUCUUUCGUAAUUAUAAUAUCACUUCUCAGCAGAGCCUUUCUUUUGCCUCCUGGAUUUUAGCGUACUUUGCAUGAAUCGAGUAAGAUCUUUGUUGAGCAUACGUGGCAUGUUGCCAGGAUACAUUUUCGAACCCCAUGCAGACCUAUAGCCGUGUGCUUGCUACAACAGGCUUGGUUAUGAUAAUCGAUUUAUCAAUAGGCGAAUGCUCGCACUCGGAAAAACCAGUUUGACGAGAGAAAACAAGACUAGUCCGGAAGUUCGGGCUGUGGCGACCUCCAAGGCAGCUUGACGCGAUUCAGACAGAACCUCCUUUUCUGCUCCUCACUCAAGAUCAAGAAGACAAAAGGAGGCUCAUCUCACCGGGUUUUGUAAUAUAUAGCUGAUAUUUUACCUUCCACCAGGGCAAAUUGUAAUUAAUUCUGAACUAAGGUUCGCUUGCUGUCAAUCACGUACAGUGGAACCCGGUUAAUUUAUGGACGCGAAAGCAACAUGUCAUAGCCGGGUGUCCGUAUUAAGCGGGCUGUCCGAAAAAACGUCAAUUUGUGUAUCAAUUCGAAGACGAAAGCAGACAUUUUUCCGAGAAAACGUUGUUUAAUUUCUAAACUGUGACUGUAACAAGUUCAGCGUAAAGAAACCUCGCGAUUUUUUAUUAUAAGUAUAUUGUAGCUUAUUGUUCUUUAAACACGACAAUGGAAUCUGCGACUGUACUUGGUGCUGACGGUUCUAGUUUGCGACUCUUGUCAACUAGGCGGACUGGAUAUUAGACAGAAUCUUUGAACGGUCACUGGCCGUUUCUGUUAGGUUUUCACGAGCAAGUUAUUCGAUGAUAGACAGUGUUCAGAUAAACAGUAUCCGUAAUGCUGGGUUGACGAUGCCGGGGAGUUUGUAACUCGGGAAAUUGGAAAAAGCCCGUUGUCCGUAUUAAGCGGGUUAAUUUUAGAGAAUAUAUAUGAGCUUUUUGUUGGAACAAACGAAGCUGUCCGUUAUAUACGGGUGUCCGAAAAGCGGAGUUCCACUGUACUCUAAACGAGGUUGCUAUCAUUAACCACGGCUGAGAACCAAGGGCGGGAUUAAUGAAUGCACGUGGCUGUCUUCUAUCCGUAGGUACUUCCCGUUGGAGGGAUAAAAGAAAAGACAAUUGCGGUGAGUGUUACUAUAAAUUGGGUCAAUUUUACAGGAGACGUGUGGCCUGUCACUAUCCGAAUCUGAUGGAACUGUUCCCAAAAACUGUGUGAUGUUCAAGUGAAACAAUGUUUCUAGAGCUAGAGGAGUAUGGUUUACUAUGAAAGUUUAACCUGAGGUAGCCUCCUGAGUUUCCUUGAAGAAAUGAGCCUAGAACAGGCAUUUUCUCUUGUUUUGGUUGCCGAGUGAAGCCUAUAAAAACUAGGGGUCUCGUUCUGCGGCGUUCUCAGCGAGAUAACUGCUCGCGGUGGAGUCCAGGCUUAAAACAAGCGCUCAUGGCCCAAAUUAACGCUACUCAAAAAUCAGUUUUCUUGAAAGAAGGGAACACUCACAGUUACCAUUAAUUUUUUUCCCUGAGCACUUCUUUGAGCUGGGUGUAAUUUGUUUUCCAUGUGAUUAUAACUACCAUUCCAUUUUUUACUGUUUGUUGUAGGCUCGCCGAGCAGAUGUAAGCUGUGUUAUUCUCCCUGAGGGAAAUCGAAAAGACUUUGCCGACGUGCCGGAGUUUGUAAAAGAAGGACUUGACGUUCAUUUUGUGUCCCAUUACGAUGAGGCUUACAAAAUUGCCUUUGAUUCUUGACAUCGGGGUAGUUUCUUUGCGAAUGGGAUAGAUAUUUCAUAGCGUGGGAUAGAAGUAAAAAGACCUCCUAUACAACUGUUUUUGUAUUUAUAGGUAUCGGUAUCUGCAACAAGCUAGAAUGGAUGUAUUGAUAUCAGAUAGCCUCGCAAUGGCCGGCCAUUCUUAUAGAGCUUCGAGGUUUCUUUGGAUGGCUUUCCUCAACGUUUGUAACAAGGAUUUAGCCUACGCGAGCAAGAUUGCAAAUGGGUGGAGGGGUAGGGACCGGGUUUGGAAAAACACCCUCCCCCCCCCCUUGCAACCCCAGCCCCCGGAGCUGUGGGAGAUUAAAGCCUGUAUAAAUUUCUUUACUGUUCGGACAGACGUUUUCACCGCUUUCUCCUGCUCUUCGUCGGAAGGCCUAUAAUUCAGUGGCUGGUUUUCUGUACUCGUGAUUCAAAGCUGUUGGAUGAAAACUACAAUCAUACGACCGUGAAGUUUUCAGAGAAACGGAAUAGUCACAGCUAAUUAAUUAGAUUAUACACCGUAAUAAUAGAAUUUUUUUCCCCUCAGGUAAAUGGCGUAUUCGUUUGUUGUUCGUGCCUGUGCCACUCGUAUUAGAACGUAGGCUCGUUUAACGUGCAUGAGCUAUUUUGAAUGCUUCAGUGUAACCGUACCAGGAAUCUACCUUUUUCUCCCUAAAUUUAGACUUUUUUGGUGCGAAAUUGGGUGCUGCUGCACACGAACAUGGUGAAAGUAAUAACUUUGCGCUCUACCAUCUGAACACCUGGAACAGGUUAAGCGGUAGAUAAAGCGAAAUGUUACUCACAGCUGAGUCGAUCCUCACCCUAGAAUCACAUUUCUUGAGACUAUUCUUGAAGUUGUCUUCGAAGAUUCCAGUGACUUUUGAAAAUAAACCUCUGAUACUUAGAGCAAUCUAGAAAUUCCUUGGAUUGAAAUCCCCCACUAGCAUCCAUAACCGCAUGGAUAGUGACAUUUAGAGUUAAAUAACAAC